AUGGCCGAGCUAUUUUCAGACGGGGCAUCUAUUGCAUCUAUUAGGAAAUUUUGGAAGCAGUUUGAAGUUUAUGUUUGUGAAAGUCCACCCGAACUAAACGGUAGUAAAGUGACCGACAUUUUCCUGACAUACCCAGAAAAACGAGAUCUCCUGAUAUGUAACAUUACUGAGUUCUGUCCUAAGAAGUGCCAUUGUUAUAACCAGCCUAGCCAAGGGCGUGUUGUUGUCGAUUGUCAGGGACAGAAUCUUACAACGAUGCCAAAACAUCUGCCUUGGGGCAACGGGGACCGUUGGCAGCUUCUCUUGGCAGGGAACGACAUUCAACGGAUCGAGAACAGGCCUUAUCUUAGUCGUGUUGCUGAAUUAGAUCUUUCUGGAAAUCCAAUCUCACACAUAUAUGAAAGCGCAGCAUUUGUUUUACCUAGCGAUGCAAAACUCAGUAUAAUUGGAAAUAAAUUGUCAUCUUUACCACGUCACUUCCAGAACAGAAAUCCUUCAACUCUAGUUUUGGGACGUGUUUUUAUUCUAUGUUCUUGUGAGGAUUUGUGGUUAAGAUCUUGGCUUUCCUACCACCGUUAUGAGGAAAGUAACACAUCGUACAUUUGUCAAAACUUAGGAGAGAAUGAAAUUACAGAGGCUGAUUUUUCUCCGUUAAAUUGUUUUCCAGACUCUUCAAAUCUUCAUAUUAUUCUGGGCAGUCUGACAGGUGCACUUGUAGUAAUUAUAGCAGUUAUUACAGGCCGGGUGUUUUGCUAUCCUGAAAUAUAUAUUCUGUAUCGCCGGAAAAUUCGCCAUGUUAAAAAGUCACAUGGGUUCAAUUAUGAUGCAUACAUAUCGUUUUAUGACGAGGACAGACUUCAACGGAAGUGGGUUAUGGAGAACCUUGCUGAAUACCUGGAAAGCCGGGGAUAUUCUUUAUUCAUUCCUGUACGUGACGCAGACCUCGCCGAAAAUAGAGAGGACUAUCUCAGGAGGAAAAUACGGAGGAGUAAAAAUUUCGUUAUCAUUCUGUCGGAGAAAUACUUUAAAUCAACCAAAGAACGGCAAGAAAACGAAGAGAUGGAAGAAGCACAACGAGCUUAUUCUGAAUUCGAAUUCGAUGUGAUAUGGAAAGUGUACAAAGAUGAUAUGCGACGAAAUUUAAUCAUUAUCAACUUUGACAACUUAUCAGCCAGUGAAAUCUGCAAUCGCUGGGUGAAAGCAUGCUGUCGUGUUGGAGAAAUAGAAGACUUUACUGAAAGAAAAGGCUUGCUUUUGAAUAGUGUUGAACGGAAAAUUUAUCCCCCGCGUUCAACGUAUGCUAAUUGUAACGUAGAACAAAGUCGAGUGAACUCUGUCACGGUAAGAGAUUUAGACAGUUAA